CGCCUUUUGACUCGAUCGCAUGCGCGCGCGCGCGGGUGUGUGUGUGUGUGUGGGUGUGUAUGUGUGUGCUCGUAGAUUGCGACUCGUCGACGUCGGAAAAAUGUAUAUAAGUAGUUAGAAGCGUUAUGAGGCACGGUAUACAUUCGACGUGCUUAGACGCUAUAUAAACUGCGUGUUUGUCUUGCGUGCAGCUGUAUAUAUGCGAGCGCGAUAGGCUGCAUGCAAUAUAAGCUGGAAACUCAAGACUAUAUUAGGAAAAUAUCAAAAGUCGUAGGAGGAGCUCUGCUCGUCGUUGUUCGCGCGCGCACUGAGCUUGCUGCAGAUUAUUAUCGAACGCGCGAACGUUUCUCCGUUACUUGAUUCUUACAUGCGUGAAUCGACAAGGCGAUUCGUGGCUUCAGGCCAGUACGGUUAGAAGUGGUUUAUAAUAAUUCCUAUAUAGUAGUCCAAAUGAAAGUUAUACGGCGUGAGUGACGACAAAAUAGCAAGAGAAUUAAGAAGAUCGUCAAUAAGCGAUGGAUGCAGCCCGUUGAGAGGAAGAAGAAAUAUUUUAAUUGGGAGGAUAAUUCGACAACGCCUGGACAUAAAGAAGAGAUGCAGAGGACAAAGGCAAGACGUAUAGGCGUAUCGAAGAAUUGAUUCUAUGCGACUAUUUUUCAAUGGACCGUCAAAUGGAUACCUCACAGCGGAUUCCAGAUAAGGCUAACAGCUUUGGAAAAAAAGCUAACGCUGGAUGUAAAGAUAAGUACUUGUGCAUUUGUUGGACAUAGAAAUACGCGAAGUUUUUUCGUAUGAAAUCUUUUGACUCGGGCACAUGUGCAUUUGAAGUAUGGCCAUUUUUUAAAUUAAAUUUAUUUGAUUAUUUAUUGGAUAUUGAGACGUUAAUAUAGCGUGCCUAAUAGAUUAUCGUAUUUGUAUUGAUAAAUUUAUUGUCUAUUUAGAGAAAGAAGUUAACUAAAUUGAUUUAAAGUUUUAUUUGAAUUUUUAUCGUUCGUAGUUUAAAUAGAUAAAUAAUAUAAUUUAUUGGAAGUUUCAUGCAGAAGUAUCGGUUGAAAUUAUAAAUGAAUAACUUAAAGAUUAAAAUUUUAUAGUAAAACUCGACGAAGAAAUGUUGUUUUAAGUGUGCGUGACGUCACAAUAGUGCAGUGUUGCUGCGAUGCAAAGUUUUAAUAAAGAUAGCAAUUGUUAAACUCAGAUUAUGAAAUUCGUUAAUGCAAUUAAAUGUAGAAGCAUAUGAAAAAUCGGUUUGCGACAGAAUGUCUUAUGUAAAUAUGUACUAAUUAGUUUUGAAUGUUAUUGGGAGAUAAAGGUAACUUUCGAAGUAUUUGAAAUUAUCGUAUCAAGGUGUCAAGUUGUAGAGUGGUAACGUUUUGUUGGGAUUUGCGUAAUUCGCGCGGUUAUCGUUUAUUUUUUGAAUGGAGAAGAUAAGGAAAGACAUUAGAUAUUUUCGGCAUGGAAAUCAACUCGUUGUUCUUAUUUGAUAUAUCUAGAGAGUUAAAAUUGCAAAUAUAUUGCGUAUUGAAUUUUUCUAGGACGAAUUUUUUAGCGGCUAUUUUUCAUUCACGGAGUCACUAAUAUUCGAACUUGAUGUCUGCGAGAACGACGAGGCUACUGGGUACAGCAGUAACGGCAUCGCUGUUUGAAGGAAUGUGCAUUACUUUGCACGUCUAGCAACGAUCAUCAAGCUAUAAUUUCUGAUUAAUAAAGAUUUCAUAAUUUAUUUUGAACCUUAAUCUAGUCUUGUCCCAUACAAAGCUCGUUUAAAAAAGCUUCGAAAUUUAUUUUUUAUAUAAAUGAUGUAAAAUGAUCAAUGCAUUAUGAAUUCGAAUAUUUAUGAGAAAACUGUAUGUACAAGUACGCGUGUGAUUAAUUUUGCGAAUAAAUAAAAACACAGGUUAUUCUCGGUGAACAAGGAUAUUCUUUUUUUAUUGGAUGUAUAGUAACGGAUUUAUAGACAGUUGCAAUUAUUCAAAAACAAUAAAAACAAGUAUUUUAUUUCAGCGCGUAUAAUCCUCGUUCUACUUAAUUUGGACACGACAAGGCUAAUUCAAGGUUGUCCCGAAUUAAACUUGAAUGCUAAUCAACGAAAAAAUAAAUGGCAAUAUAAUAGCAGUUUCCAAAAAAAAUGCACUUUGAAUUUUAAACAGCUCGAAUGAUAAGAUAGAAUUCUCUUUAUACGCUUCGAAAUCGUUUCUAAUUAGUUUUAUAGCUUAUUAGUUGAAAGUCAUCGAUAAGAAGUAGUUUUUAAAUCUCCCGCCGCUCUCCUUUAAUAAUACAUUAAAAAAAUAUUUCAAUAAUACAAAAAACACUAUAAUAUCUCACACAAAAAGUAUCUAGGUAAUGAAAUUUAAAAAUUUGCUGAAGGACUGGGAGUGGAAUUCGAAGGUUUCGCUCUCAAAGCUGAAACCUAAAUGUGAAAGUGCUUUACCAGCUAUACUUUUCCGAAGUAUACGUUUGCUGUAUGACUGCAUGCGUAUUUCUAUAGACUACACGCUAUAUAUAAUUCUAGCUACAUGUGAUGAUGAAUAUACGUAUAAAGAUUAUGCAUAGACUCGCGCGUUCACGUCACUCACGCCGCUCACUGCUCACAUAUACCUAUAGCGGCGUUCCGCGCAAAUCGCAAUACUUAUCAUUUGCUGUUGGCAUCCGUGGACCUUUCAAAGCACAACGGGUAUGAAGAUAAUUCGACUGAAUUCCUAAGGCUCGUGUUUAUUAUUUACGAUUAAAGAAUAAGUCGCAUGAAGGCUGACGAAAAGCAUAAAGAUGCGUGUAUCACUUCAAAGGCUGUUCAUCCCACUGCUGGCUAGUUUUUCAUUAACAGGCGCUGCAGUUGUACUGCUGUAUUUUGUAAAUAAAAAGAAAAAUGUCGAAGAACAAAACAUCAGAAGAAAGAGAGUUGAACAAAACUCUGUGGAAGUUGUUGUUCCUCGUCAAUUUGUUCCUGUAAUCAUUGGAAGAGGCGGUACAGUGAUUCAAAGUAUUCAAGAGAGCACUAAUACUAAAAUUAGGUUUAGAGAAGAAAGUGAUGUGGAUUUACUUGAACGAAUAUGCAUCAUCAUUGGAAGUCUAGAAAAUAUCAAGCUGGCAGAAGAAAGGAUCAAGGUCAUAUUAGAUAAUCAGCCGAUAAUUGAAACAUACGAAACAUGGGUUCCACAAAGGUCCAUUGCUAAAAUGACUGAAAGAGGGGGAGAGAUACUUAACCACAUACAGAACUCAUCGAAUGCAAAAAUAAUUUUAGAAAGUUCCCAUAAUGUUGCUGACUCAGAUGCCAAGAAGAGAGUCAUUAUAAAGGGCACAGCAGAACAAAUUGCUAAUGCUCUUUUGCAAAUUGAAGAUAAAAUAAGAGAGGAUAAAGAUGCAAAGGCAAAAGCUGAGUCGAGCACACUGGCCAGAGUUCCUAGAAUUAAAACUUCACCUCCACCACAAGCUAUUACACCGGACAACAGUCCAAAAGAUUCAAAUUAUUCAAAAGAAAUAUUUGGUAGCCAAGCCAAUGAAGGCCUCAUGGAAGUAUUUGUUUGUUCAGUGGAAAACCCAAGCCAAUUUUACAUCCAGGUUAUUGGUCCUACCAAUGCCAAACUAGAUCCACUGGUAAAAGACAUGACUGAUUAUUAUGAAUCCGAAGAAAACCGAGAAAUGCACGCCUUGACAAAUAUUACCGUGGGUCAAAUGGUGGCAGCCAAAUUUUCCAUUGAUAAUAAAUGGUACAGAGGUGAAAUCGUGGCGAAACUUGAAGAUCAGCUGUGCGAGGUGUACUUCGUUGAUUUCGGUGACCAAGACAAGGUAGCAGAGAAAGAUAUUUUUGAAUUACGCACAGACUUCCUGAGCCUCAGAGUUCAGGCUAUCGAGUGCUGCCUGGCGGGCGUCAAACCUCGAUCCGGCGAGUGGAGCGGAGAGUCGACGGAGGCUUUCGGCCAGCUCUGCGCUCUGGCGAACUGGCAGCCGCGCGUUGCCAAGAUCAGAGGAUACAAGGAGCGACCUGUGGGCUUGGGUCCUAGCAGACGGGAAGGCUCGCCCAUUCCCUGCAUCGAGCUCUACGAUCAUCGCGACGAUCAGCUCAUCAACAUCGGCAAGGAGCUGAUAAAACUGGAGCUGGCGGUCGCCGAGAACGAGCCCUGGUCAGCGGCGAGCUCGACGCUCUCAUUGUCUCGCCGAGCCAAGAGUCCGGAAACGUCGCCCGCCAACGGCACCGGCCUGAGCAGCGGGAGCAACAACAGCGUCAUCGAGGAGAUCGACUUGACCGCGGAAACACCGCAGAAGCCGAAGCCGCAGAACAUCGAGGUCAUCGAUCUGACGAGCCCGUCAAAGGACUCGAGACGCAACAACAAGAACGUCAACUCGUCGCGUAGUUUACUCGACAGCGAGCGCGGCUCCCAGCUGACGAAUAAUGGUAAGCCUCGCGGCAAACCCCUGCCAGCCAACCCCUUCAAGCGAGAGAGCCAACAGGCGACGCGCAACAUUGUUCCGGCCGGGUACGAGGACAGCGACGAAUCCGACAUGGAGUACUACUAGUACUCGAGUUUGAACUUUGCAUCAAGAGUGCUGAGAUUGGGAUCUUUCUUUUGUGACACGACGUCGACGAGAAAGUUUCGGAUAGAAGAUCGCUGUCUCGAUGUUCUCGCUGCGAAGAUUCUCGAGAGCAACGACACUUCGCGCAUAGAGCGCAAUCUUCCUUUUUUUAGUUAUUAGUAUUUCUUUCUAAGGUUUCUUUUUUGCGUUUUUUUAUCAACUGCGCGAAAGCAGGUGGUUGUAUCAGUCGUUUUAGAGAUGCUAUAAGUCAAUUCUGCAAUGUUUGCUCGGAAAGUUUCUAGAACUUUGGCGGAUUUGGGUAGAAAUAACGUUGAGAAACCUAUAACACUAAAUGAGUCUUUAUGUUCGAUUGUUUGCUUUUCCUUAAACUCGUUGCCUAUGAGCUCGUUUAAAUAACUGAUUCAGUGCUUCAAUGCUCUGAUUUUUGUUGGGCAAAAGAUUUGCCUCCUACUGGAGAGUUAUUGGUUAGUUAUACAUUUUAAGAAUCGGCACGUAUUUCUAAGAUCGUUGUUUUUUUGUCUUGCUAUGUUAUUGGCGGGCGAAGUGCUAGGAGAAUUUUCAAAACGACAAUAUUUAAACGUUAAUAAAAUCAUGCCUUAAGAUUUACAAAUUACCCGAUGAAAAACGGACUAACAAUAUACAUUUUAUGAGUAUCUUUAUAGGCUUCCUUAACACUUAAGCAUAUAUUGCGACUGGUUCGCUGUGUAGACUGUUGUUAGAAUAUAGGUAAAACGCUGUGAAGGUUUCAGUGCGACUUAACAUUAAUCUAACAAACCUUAAUUUUUCACUGUGCCAAUGCCGAUGUACGAUGUUUUAGUUAUUCACGUCAGAUCUGAUCGCUAUGUUGACUCCGGAAAAGAGCAUGAAAGACAAAAGUUGUCUAGCUUUUCUUUUGAAAAAAAUGCAUUUUAAGUUUUUCUCUACGUUUGAUUUAUUUUUUACUUGUUUUGCAAUGCAAGCAUUUUUAAUUUACUUUCAAAUGGCCAUUUAUUUUACUUUUGCUCAUUGAUUAUUAUAACUAUUAAUUAAAAAAAAGUUUUAAUUUACUUAUGAGUAUUAACAGUUCGUGCGAUGAUAUAUGUGAUUCAAGUAAAGGCUGUACAAGCUGUAUAUCAAGCGUCUGCGAUGCUGAACAAUUGACAUAAAUAUACAUAUAUUUUUAAAACAUACAUGUACAUAUACAAUCACUAUAUAUUUUUAUAAAAACUUAGUAAUGUGCGUGUAACAAGAAUAACAGGCAGUCGAUUGACCGAUUCAUUGUACCAGCACGAUUAAACGCCACAAAUAAUUACCGAAGAUGCGAGCAAAAAGCGCGAAGAAAUCGCUCGCGUGUGCUAGGUGCCCUCAUACUCGGCAUGGAUUUUUCUCCAAGAUUUUCUAUAUCCAUUGUAAAAUUAACGAGCGUGACAUGAAAAAUCGAGAGAACCUCGUUACUUUCCGAUGUCAAGCUAUAAAACGUUUAUUCUCAUAGGAAAUAACUUAUAUCCACGUCGAGUAAUUCCAGUUUUAUACGUUCGACAAACUGUAUACUUCUUGAAAAUAAUUGUGAACAAAAGAUUGAACUCCAAAAUAAAAAUUUUCGACCAACGCAAAA